CCUACCUAUACCUCUCAUAUUUAUAUACAGCAUAUACUACGCAAUGGGCUUGAACCAAUCGCAACGGCUCGAGGUGCCAGGGUUCAAUCUACCUCUGAACUAUAGACCAGACCGUGAGGUUCGAUAUCGCCGUCUGCUAUUUCCCAAUGCUUUGGACUAUGGUGACAUUGACUAUGGCUCGGUUGACCAUCUACACGUACACAGGGAGAUCUUAAUGAUGCGGGUUAUGAACACCAUCACUGAUAAACCAGGUUGGGAGAAAAAGGUUUUCGAUGAAGCCAUUACCUCGAAAUGGCGGGAAGAAAUCGCCCAAAGUGGUCAAGACGUGACUCCCAAAAUGAUGGACUACAUCAUGAAAGAGUUGCAGUGGAAAGUGGAUGCUUUCAAGAAGACGGGCAUGAUACCUGUAUAUGAUACCGGUGUGGUCAAAUCGGACACUGCUGUUCCUGAGGAAGUACAGCGGGCAUUGAAGGAAGCCGUAGCGCCCUUUGAAGAUGUUCCAGACGAGCAGAAGGACUAUCAUCCCGGGUCGGACAUGAAAGUUGUCGACUUAAUACACCCCUCUCUCUUUCCUGUCAUCUACGGCCGUACACGGAUUCUCCCUGAUAGGACUAUCGGUCUCGAUGAUUGUCUAGGAAGUGUAGGACAAGGGGAUUUGCUUCCUGUUCCUCCUGAAGACGAAGCCAAGAUUGAGGGGUACUCGAGCCGCGCCUACGGAUGGCGAAGAUGGGAAGCCGACACACUGAGACCGUUCAGUCGAAGGUUUCAAUGGUUGCCGUGUGAUGUGAAAUUCAGCGAUCAAGAUAGUGGAUGUCGCAUUGAUUCGUACAUAAACAAUGUCCAUCCCUCUCAGCAUCGGGAUCUCUAUCACGCGGUGGAGAAGAUCAUUGCGCGGACAAUUCCCCUUUGGAAUAAGACCUUGGCUUCGACUAACACGCGGCGUCAGCAUCGACGUAUAUCCUACGGCGAUGUUGAAUACCUUCCAUAUUCUGCCCCAGAACCCGAAGAGAAUGAAAGUACCGACAUGCAUGAGUAUUAUGAAGCCCACACAGCAUGGUCAAGAUCGCGCCCUGUAAAGCUCCCCGAGCCAGGGGAAUUCACGCCCCCCGAGACCAACCCGGACGAUGAGUUAGACCUCCGGAAGAAGUUCCACGAAAAAGGGCUUCAGGUCAUUGUGAAGCUAGCAAACAUUGAACUGACCCCGGAGAAGCCUGAAUACGACGGGGGAGCCUGGCACGUUGAGGGGCAACUAAAUGAGCGCAUCUGCGCCACAGCCAUCUACUAUUAUGACAGUGAAAACAUCACCGAAAGUACUCUCGCCUUUCGUCAACGCGCAGAUCGGGACGAAUUGUCAGACGUCUCGUACGAGCAGGACCGGCAUGAAUUUAUAUACCAUGUCUAUGGCUUCGGUCCCGAGGUUGACACUAACAAUGACACGCAGGUCACGCAGGACCUUGGAAGCGUAGUAUGCCGGGAAGGCCGACUCCUUACAUUUCCCAACAUUCUCCAGCACCGAGUCUCUCCGUUCGUGUUGGCAGAUCGCUCAAAGCCUGGCCAUCGUAAAAUCCUGGCCUUGUUCCUUGUGGAUCCACAUUUGCGAGUCAUUUCGUCCGCUAACGUUCCGCCCCAACAGGAGAAUUGGGGGAAGGAGAAACGAGAGCUCGUCACCGAGAUGCUGGCUCGCCGACUCCCGCUAGAGCUUCAGGAGAUGGUGAGCGAAGACAUCUCCUAUCCGUCGAUCAGUAUGAAAGAGGCGAAAGAAUACCGAGAGCAGCUCAUGGAAGAGAGGAGUGCGAGAACGAGUGAACAGAACCAUAAGUUUGAGAUGGGUUCAUUCUCGCUUUGUGAGCAUUAAUCAAUGUUUCCUUUUGAUGAACAUUGCUUUCCUUGGCUGGGGUUUAUUUUUUGCGUGUAUGUUGUCCCUGCUGGAAGUGGGAUAUGUGCAAGUUCUGCAAGCUCGAGUAUAUUUAUGAAACUGGCGACACCUGUGAGCGGGCUGUUCU